CCACCAUUACCUCUCUCUCAGCUCAGCCAUUCUUAUUUACCUCUUUAAAGAAACCUAUUUUCUUCUCUAUUUCCUCUGUUUAAUCACCUGGGAUUCUCCAUUCGAAGCUUGAAAGUCUAAAACUUUGGUUGUUUUUUCAACCCUUUUGCUUGAUUGAUUUGGGAAGACCCUUGGGUUGAACAAGUGCUCAGAAACAAAUCUCAUGGCCUUGGAGCAGUAUUAUUCAAACGAGUGGAAAUCGAUCCCUACUCCAGAAUCAUCAGACUCAGAGAAGACUUCUGCCUGCUUUGAUUGCAACAUCUGCUUGGACUUUGCCCGCGAUCCGGUUAUUACUCUUUGUGGCCAUCUCUAUUGUUGGCCCUGCAUUUACAAGUGGCUUCACUUUCAGAGUGAUUCUCUGUCUUCGGAUGAACGCCCUCAAUGUCCAGUUUGCAAGGCUGAAAUCUCCCAAACAGAUUUAGUCCCUCUUUACGGGCGUGGGGAAACACUACCUGAAUCUGAGCCUGAAAACAAGCUCACUCUAAAAGUGCCUCCCAGGCCACCUGCUUUCAGUCCAUCAUCCAUGUCAAACUCCUUUAACCCUUCUCAGCAACCACCACAUCCUAAUGCCUAUGAUCCCCAUGCCAGUUACCUCAACAGUUCAUCGCCUCCUUCAUUCAGUCUCGGAAACAAUACAUCAGUUGGAGUCUUUCAUCCAGUUGUUGGAAUGUUCGGAGAGAUGGUUUACGAGAGGGUAUUUGGUAACUCAGAGAAUUUAUACACAUAUCCUAACUCAUAUCAUUUAGUGGCAAAUAGUAGUCCAAGAUUGAGAAGAAGGGAAUUGCAGGCUGACAAGUCUCUAAACAGAAUUUCCCUUUUCCUCUUCUGCUGUUUUCUUCUUUGCCUAUUGUUAUUCUAGUUUCAUUUGAGGCACUUUCAUCUUGUACACAUUGUAUAAAAUUGAUCUUUUGAUGAGCAUCAAGUCAUUUAAAAUCAUACAUGUGAAAUUAUAACAAGCAAGAUUUUGGCUCAAGCACAA